CAAAAUGUAGAAGCCAAAUUGAAAGUAUUCAACACUAGCUCAUUGUCUUCACCCUUUGUCAUAUAUCCAUUCUCACCUAGGUCCACAAUUCAAUGGCACCCAUCUUGUGUACUCCAACAAGCCAGUUAUCUUCGGAAUCAAAUGCAGCACAGACCCUUCAUCUGCUUCAAAGAUGUUCAAAUAUGGAGGAACUAAGACAGAUCCAUGGCCAGAUGUUGAAAACAGGCCUUGUUCUUGAUGCAAUCCCAGCCAGCAAGCUCCUAGCUUUCUGUGCUUCACCGAAUUCCGGGAGUUUAGCCUACGCCCGGACAGUUUUUGACAGGAUAUUCAGACCCAAUACUUUCAUGUGGAAUACCAUGAUAAGAGGCUACUCAAACAGCAAAGAACCUGAAGAAGCCCUACUUCUUUACCAUCACAUGCUCUAUCAUUCUGUUCCACACAAUGCUUACACCUUCCCUUUCCUGCUGAAAGCCUGUUCCAGUAUGUCAGCCUCGGAAGAAACUCAACAAAUCCAUGCUCACAUCAUUAAAAUGGGCUUUGGCUCAGAGAUUUACACCACAAAUUCCCUGCUGAAUGUUUACUCCAAAUCUGGUGACAUUAAAUCUGCCCGUCUCCUUUUUGACCAGGUAGACCAACGAGACACUGUUUCUUGGAAUUCAAUGAUUGACGGGUACACAAAAUGUGGGGAGAUUGAAAUGGCCUAUGAAAUUUUUAACCAUAUGCCAGAAAGGAAUAUUAUCUCAUGGACAUCAAUGAUUUCCGGCUGUGUUGGGGCUGGCAAGCCCAAGGAAGCUUUGAAUCUAUUUCACAGAAUGCAGACUGCAGGUAUAAAACUUGACAAUGUAGCACUGGUAAGCACGCUUCAAGCAUGUGCGGAUCUUGGAGUGUUGGAUCAAGGCAAAUGGAUUCAUGCCUACAUUAAAAAGCAUGAAAUUGAAAUUGACCCAAUCCUGGGUUGUGUUCUCAUAGACAUGUAUGCUAAGUGUGGUGACUUGGAAGAAGCCAUAGAAGUUUUUAGAAAAAUGGAGGAAAGAGGUGUCUCUGUAUGGACAGCCAUGAUUUCUGGUUAUGCAAUUCAUGGACGUGGAAGAGAAGCUCUUGAAUGGUUUAUGAAAAUGCAGACUGCAGGAGUGGAACCAAACCAGAUGACUUUCACAGGGAUUUUGACUGCUUGUAGCCAUGCAGGACUAGUACAUGAGGCAAAAUUGUUGUUUGAGAGCAUGGAGAGAAUUCAUGGCUUCAAACCUUCGAUAGAGCAUUAUGGGUGUAUGGUUGACCUUCUAGGCCGAGCUGGGUUGUUGAAGGAAGCAGAAGAGUUAAUUGAGAAUAUGCCUGUAAAACCAAAUGCUGCCAUUUGGGGGGCACUGCUCAAUGCAUGUCAUAUUCAUGGAAAUCUUGAGCUAGGUAAACAGAUAGGGAAAAUUUUGGUUCAAGUGGAUCCUGGCCAUGGUGGCCGAUACAUUCACUUGGCAAGCAUUCAUGCAGCUGCAGGGGAAUGGAACCAAGCAGCUAGAGUGAGACGACAGAUGAAAGAGCAGGGAGUUUCAAAACUUCCAGGGAGCAGUGUGAUCAGUGUGAAUGGGACAGCUCAUGAAUUUUUAGCCGGGGAUGAAUCGCACCUGCAGAUCAAAGAGAUAGAUCACAUGUUGGAGCAGAUUGUGGAGAGACUAAGAGAAGAAGGAUAUAAACCUAAACUAGGGGAUUUGCUACUGGAUCUGGAGGACAAGGACAAAGAAACAGCAAUUCAUCAUCAUAGUGAGAAGCUUGCAGUCACAUUUGGGCUCAUCAGCACUAAACCAGGGAUGACAAUUCGGAUAGUUAAGAAUCUUCGAGUUUGUGAGGACUGUCACACAGUAAUAAAGCUCAUCUCUAAGGUCUAUGCAAGGGAAAUUCUCAUGCGGGAUAGAACACGGUUCCACCUUUUCAAAGACGGAAAUUGUACUUGUGGGGACUACUGGUGAGAGAGAGACCCAUUGCAUCAACCACUCAUUGUGGAAUACUUGAUUUAGGAUUGUUGUAUCAACCAAAGAUAUCGACUUGAAAUAACAUUAUUAACAUCAUUGACUAUAGGCUGGAAGGCUAGGAAAAACAGGGCUAUAAUUAAAAAUUUUUAAAAAGUAAAUG